AUGAAAUGACAAAAUUGCCCAUGAUUCUCUCCAAGCACUAUCCCUUUCUCAUCGUCUCGGCCAGGUGAGCUUUACUCUUUUUUCCUCCUCCUCUUUGGGGAUCCAGACUAUCGCUCGUUUUCUUUUUGGGUUUCACGUCCGCCAAGCCUCACCGGAAAUCGGCUUGAAAAUCGACUCAAAUGGCUGCGGGAAGAGCGAUUAAAGAGUUAUUGAAGAGGAAGCUUCAGUCCCAAUAUACUGCCCCUCCGGCAUUGUCGUCCCUCACUUCAAAGCAGGAUCAAGAUGGAUAUGGAUCUGCUGGCAUGAAGUCCCUUAGAGCAGUUGCACUCCUUGGAGCAGGUGUUUCUGGGCUCUUGAGUUUUUCAAUGAUAGCGUCUGCUGAUGAGGCAGAGCAUGGGUUAGAGUGUCCGAGCUACCCCUGGCCUCAUAAAGGCAUUCUCAGUUCAUACGACCAUGCUUCGAUCCGUCGUGGUCACCAGGUGUACCAACAAGUUUGUGCAUCUUGCCAUUCCAUGUCUCUAAUUUCAUUCCGUGAUCUUGUGGGAGUGGCAUAUACAGAAGAGGAAACCAAAGCUAUGGCUGCUGAGAUUGAGGUGGUUGACGGGCCUAAUGAUGAGGGUGAAAUGUUCACUCGCCCUGGUAAGCUGAGUGACCGUUUCCCUCAGCCAUAUGCAAAUGAACAAGCAGCAAGGUUUGCUAACGGUGGGGCUUAUCCCCCAGAUCUGAGUCUUAUCACCAAGGCUCGCCACAAUGGUCAGAACUAUGUAUUUGGCCUCCUAACAGGCUACCGUGAUCCUCCCGCGGGUAUUUCGAUUCGAGAAGGGCUACACUAUAAUCCCUACUUUCCUGGUGGGGCAAUAGCUAUGCCGAAAAUGUUGAUUGAUGGUGCUGUUGAGUAUGAGGAUGGUACCCCUGCUACUGAAGCUCAGAUGGGGAAAGAUGUCGUCACAUUCUUAUCCUGGGCAGCGGAACCUGAAAUGGAAGAGAGGAAACUGAUGGGAUUCAAAUGGAUAUUUGUACUGUCACUUGCACUUCUCCAAGCUGGUUAUUACCGCCGUUUGAAGUGGUCCGUUGUGAAGUCGCGCAAGUUGGUCCUUGAUGUUGUCAACUGAACUCACUUUGAGUUCUUUCGGUGGACUUUAAUUGGCAAUAAUUUGUGUAGAUGAUCUAGAUUAGCUAUAUUGUUCUCAAGAUGGCCUAGGCUGCAGUGGUGAAUGGGGACCCGAGGCGGUUCCAACUAUUCUUUUGAGGGAGAAAUAAGCUCUGCUUUUUAUACAUGAUCACUCUUAUUUUUUUGUUUUUCUUUCAACCCUUGAAUAUUUAAUUUUUGGUUUAGGUUCUUAUUCCAAUCCUACAAGGAGGGUUGGAGCACUUUCUUGCUGCUUUUUUCUUUUUAAAGAUAUCAUGAGACUUAAGAGACCCAAGGCAGUGCAUCAUCUGUAAGUCUAGUCUUUCAUAUGGAAUUGCAGAAGGUUGAAAACUA